UCUCUCUUCUCUUUUUUUUCUUUUUCUUAUUUUUUUUGAAUUGUGUGUUGGAAGAAAAGCAUGGCUUCUGCUGUAGCAGAUCAGAGUUCAGUUGGUCAAUUAAUUGAACCUCAUUCACAACAAACUUCCAACAUGAAUAAGCAGCGCAAACUUAUUUGUUCACCAAGAGAAGAGGAGCUAUUAAAAAGACAUUCACAAGAUCCACCUUCGCUCUGUUUACAUUUAUAUUCCACUUAUUUUAAAUUCGAACACGAAGACGGUUUCUUUUCUUACAAGAGUCAAUUUAAAGACUUUUUAUUAUGUAUAAAAGAAAAAAGAUUGCCAGGCGAUUUGAUGGAUGUGUUUAACGAAGCCUCCUGUCGAUAUUAUGAUGGCUGUCUGAUUGUUGAAAUUCAUGAUCACAGAUCAGAGUCGAUCGAGAUAAAGCGAGUUGUUAUGAGACCUACAGCAGAGAGUAUAUGGACAGAUGUAGCACUACUAAGUGAGGAUUGGGGAUUUCCUUGGACAGAAGAUGUUGCUUUAGAAGUAGAAGCUAAAAUUCUGGUUGCUACAGAAGAGCCUCUUUGCUUAGAUCCAUCAAUACAAGUCACUCGAUUGAGUAACGCUAUGGAAUAUAUGUCAACGCCAAAGAAGGUGAAGAAGAAAUUGAAGUGGAACUCAGUGGAGCGUGAACAAAAGUUGGCUAAACAAGCUGAGCAUAAGAGACUGAUGACAUUGAAGGAUAACAGAGCCAAACGACCCUUUCCGUUUGAACCCAGCUUUAGUAAAAUAUCAUACCUUCAAGAUUGGAGAAUCAAAAAGCAAAAGGCCAACGCAGAACCACUACCAGCGAUUGAUGUCAAAAAGGGCAAAGGUCGAAAAUCUUUGUUGGAACCUAUUACGCUACCUGACGGAAGAAAGUGUGUUAGAUCUAUACGAUUUGAACGACCUGAAGGCGAUAAGAAGAUAUAUACCCUUAUUAACAUUUAUCUUUUAAAUGGUCAUUAUGAUGGUGUGUUUCGUUGGGGUACUGCAUAUGACACAAGUCUAAAUGGAGGCAGUAUCAAGUUUAGUCUUGGGCCUGAAUAUGUUAUGGACGCGUAUGUAACUCACAUAAAGACAGUUUACGGACAGUUCAACACACUGGUGUCUGAUCAUACUACGUCAAGCGUAAUGCCUUCUUCUCCAACUCCUCGUGCAACUCCUCCAACAGUUUUUCAAUUGCAGCAAUUCCAGGCACAACAGCUACAGGCACAACAAAAUCGAGCGCUUCAAGCAAAGAUUGCUAUGCUACCACCUCACCAGCGUGCCUUGUUUAUUCAGCAACAACAACAACAACAACAACAGCAACAGCACAGCAGCAGCAACAGCAACAGCAACAACAACAACAACACAACAGCAGCAGCAACAGCAGCAACAGCAACCACCAAAUAAUAACAAUGGUGCUGAUAAUAAUUCUUAGCAUUAAAAAUACUAAUAAAUAUACACAUGUAAUAAUCAUUUGUUCAACAAUGCGG